GAUUUUUAUUUAGGGCCGUUUUACGUGCAAACCCGCCCCCCUCCUUUAUGAUUUCGUGCAGGUAGAUUUUCAAUAUUUCAUAUAUUUAAGAAUGAAGAAAAGUUUUGUGUUCUAUAUAAAUGUAAUUAACUUUUUAAUAAUAAAAUUUACCGAAGUUUUUUUUUCCAAAGAUUUUAUUUGAUGAAAUACUUAUUUUAAUUUGUAUAUUUGUUACAGGUGCAUAGUUAUGUAACCCUUUAUGUAAAAGAUGUGCCCAUCAGUAGAUUUGGUAAGAAAAAAUUUUUUAUAUAAAAAAAUAAAUAUUCGAGAAAAAAAACUUGUUGUUAUUGUUUUUUUUUAAAGAACCUGCUCAUCUAUUAUUUGUAACGGAUCUUUUAUCAUAUGAACAGUGUUUAUCAAUAUUAAAUAUUGUCUUAAAUCGUACAAAUGAUAGUGAAAUAAUUGUUAAAUCAAAAGAACAUCUUAUAUUUCAUGUUGGUCGACGAGGACAUAUUAAAGAAUCACUUGGUACACAUGUUCAUAUGAAAUGUCUAUUUGAUGGAAUUUUUAAAUCACAAGAUACUAUUUUUAUGAAUCUCUAUAAAAGUGUUCAUCGGGAAUGGACAUAUGAAACCAUUCUCGGUUCAACAACAAGAAAAUAA